AAUAGUAGACUAAAUUUCAUAUAAUAUUAAUUAUAUUAUAGGUACAAUAUUAAUUAAACUGUUGAAUAUAGACUACACACUCAUUGAUGGAUACUCAAGAAAAAAUUAUGGAAUUCAAUCAACCUAUUUAUUUUAAGGAUUUACAACUCAUUUGUUCAUGCUCUGAUGAUUUCCUCGUGAAUGACAAAGAAUUUCAACAAUGUUUGAAAGGAUGYAAAUGGUCAACUGAUGGUCUGAGUAUUUUAACAAAUAGCGAAGACAGAAGACUUCGAAUUUUCAAUAUCGAAACUGACGAAACAGAUCAAUGUAAAAAACAUCUUCAUAGAAUUAAUGAGAUAAAGGAAGGUGGUACUAUAUACGAUUAUGUAUGGUACCCUAAUACCAUGCAAAAUAAUGAUAACUUAAAGUUAAUUUUAAGUACUAGCAGUCGAUCACCUAUUCACCUCUGGAAUGCUGUAGAUGGACAAUUAGAAGCAACAUAUAGAGUAUAUGAUCAUGUUGAUGAAGUUGCACAUGUUAAUUCAUUAUGCUUUAAUUGGUCUGGAGAAGAAAUUUACUGUGGCAGUUAUGGAAAAUUAAAUAUAUUUCGUACAGACCGUCCUGGACGUGAAUUUAUUGAAAUUCCUACUAAGGCAGAUUUGCAUAGAUCAAUCAUAUCGACCAUAGCUAUGAAUCCAGUAGACAAAAGUAUUUUUGCUGUUGGUACAUAUAGUAAAGAUAUUGGUAUAUAUGGUGGUAAUCAACUGAUGUACAUAUUAAGGGGACAUAAGUCAGGAAUUACCCAAUUACAAUUUUCACCUGAUGGGUUGAAAUUAUAUUCGGGAAGUAGAAAAGGUGACAAUGAUAUUGUAUGUUGGGAUUUAAGAAAUGUAGGUCAAACUCUAUAUUCUGUUGAAAGAACAGUGACUACUAAUCAAAGAAUUUAUUUUGACAUUUCAUCAGAUGGGCAAUAUUUAGUUUCAGGUAAUUGUACAGGUGAAAUUAGUACUUGGAAAUUAGACCACAAUAUUGAAAAGUCUGAUGGCGUAGAAAGUGUUCUUCCUUUAAAUUCUAAAAUUUCAGUUCAUAAUGAUUGUGUCAAUGGUGUCAGUUUGCAUCCAACUCUUCCUUUAUUAGCAACAGCAUCUGGUCAGAGGCACAAUGAAAAUGAUGAUAAUGACGAUGAUGAUGAUGAUGGUAAUAAACAAAUAUUGAAAGAUAUUGAUAUUAGUUUAAAACUUUGGGAAAUAAUUUAA